CGAGUGGUUUUGGGUUCAUGGAAUCAAGAGGGAGGAGGGAGUUGGGUUAGGAAUUUGAUUCUCAGUGUCACUGUUGAGCAAAGGAAGGAGUUCAACGAAAAUGACGCUUCUGCACAUCAGUCUGCAGGAUUUUAUUCCGCUUUUAAUUUUUCUUGAUUUUUUUAUUCCGUAUUUAUGUGUUUAAUAUUCUUCUGGUUCUGGGCUUCCCAGGGCCAGCAAAACAGAAAAUCAAGAAUAUGGCUUCCAUGCGGUAAAGGUUUAGACUACAAAGAGCAGUUUGUGUAAUCACGGUUUUUUCAGAAAAAAAACUUAUCUCUGUGAGCAUGAAAUAUGAAUGGGUAUUUUGCCUAUUGGCUCUACUGAUGAUGAUAUAAUAAAUUAAUAAUCGACAAACGGUAAAUUUGCUUCAAAUGGGAUAAUGAUAGUACAAAACAAAAAGCAGAAACAAAAUGCCUGCCCUCAAAGCUACUCCAUUGCCAGAAGGCAACAUAAGUCUGAGAUACUUCAAGCUUCGUCUCAUGUAUUGCCUUUAUGAUCUAUUUUAUUAGUCACCUGCUUUAAAGUUUUAUAGUUAUACGGAAAAAGAGAACAUCAAAAUGCAUCCCAAACCAAAGAAUAAAGUUUUAAAAGCGUAGGGAAACUUAGAAUCAAAGUUAGACAUAAAAACACAAACAUAGAUUUGUUAUAAUUUGUUUUAGUAUCAACUUAGCAAUGUAUCAGUGAAAAGUGUAUUGAUGAUUAUGUUGUACGGAUCAAAAUGGAGUAGUAAAUGAUAAGCAGGCUGAUCCCACCCGCGAACUAGGCAAUAAAGGAAGAACCCUCGGCAAGCAAGAGUAUUCAAGAGGAAGAAGAAAUCAAAUAUUCUGUAUGUAAUCCGUCCCUUAUAUUCUGCACCACUAAAUACACAAGUGAAAUGAAACUGAUCAUAUCAGGAGAUCAAGAGAUACACCAGGGAAACAAAAAACAACUUUAAUUAUCUCCUUUUCUCUUGUCAUGUUGGAGCUUUCUGUUCCCACUUCUGCAAAUUUGAAAGCAAAACUUCUAGUUGCUGGGCUGGAUCGAAAACAUCAUCAACCUCGUCCACCAAAGCUUCAUUCAUCUAUUCUUCCAAGCUUGUCCAUUACCAAUUCACAGCAACCUGCACAACCCGUGGCGCUAUUCCCUCCAGUAAAUCAGAGUGUUGCAGCCAUUGUGUUUGGAGACGGAUCAGAUUCAAGGCUCUACCCACUGACAAAGAGAAGAUCAGAAGGAGCUAUUCCCAUAGCAGCAAAUUAUAGACUGAUUGAUGCAGUUGUGAGCAACUGCAUUAAUAGUAACAUAAACAAGAUAUAUGCUCUAACACAAUUCAACUCCACUUCUCUCAAUUCCCACCUCACAAGAGCUUAUUCCGGAGUAGGCCUUGGGAAAGAGGGUUUUGUUGAAGUAAUUGCUGCCUGUCAGAGCCCUGAAUACAAUGGCUGGUUUCAGGGAACUGCCGACGCCAUAAGAAGAUGUUUGUGGGUGCUAGAAGAGUAUCCAAUUGUUGAGUUUUUAGUCCUUCCAGGACACCAUCUUUACAAGAUGGACUACCAGAAACUUAUAGAGGCCCACAGAAAGAAGAAGUCCGAUGUUACUUGUGCAGUAUUGACUGGCAAGAAGAAUCAGGUUUCAGAGUUUGGUAUUUUCGAAGUAAAUUCAGAUAAUAAAGUUACCAAUUUUAGAGAGAAACCAGAUAAGAAUCCAAUGAAGCCCAUAUUAGUCAAAAGAUCAGUAAAAUCAAAUGACUCUACUAGUAAAAAAUUCCCCGGGAUGGGUAUUUAUGUCAUUAACAGAGAUGCCAUGAUAAAGCUUCUAAGAGAACAUUUUCCGGAAGCAAAUGUCCUAAAAAGUGAAGUUAUACCCGGUGCAAUAUCCUUAGGAAUGAAGGUAAACGCAUAUCGCUUUGAUGGAUAUUGGGAGGACAUGAGAAGCAUUGAAGCAUUUUACGAUGCCAAUAUGGAAAGCACAAAGAAAGCAAACAUGGGAUACAACUUCUACGAUAAAGAUUCUCCUUUGUACACAUUGCCGCGAAAUCUGCCUCCAAGUCUAGUAACUGAUGCUGUGAUAACAGAUAGUGUCAUUGGCGACGGUUGCAUUCUCAAUAAGUGCAGCAUCAAAGGCACAGUAGUUGGUAUGAGGACAAGGAUUGGAGAUGGGGCUCUAAUUGAGGAUUCUGUACUCAUGGGUUCUGAUAUCUACCAGAUCCAAGAUGUGCAGACAAAUGGCAGUGAAGGCAUGGGCAUUCCAAUUGGAAUAGGAGAAGGUUCGCACAUAAGGAGAGCCAUAGUGGAUAAGAAUGCAAGGAUUGGCAAAAAUGUUAUGAUCAUAAAUAAAGACAACGUCCAAGAAGCAAAUAUGGAAGCUCACGGCUACAGCAUCAAGGAAGGAAUAGUCAUAAUUCUAAGGAGUGCAGUUAUUAAAGAUGGAAGCAUUCUAUAAGAAUUGUGACUGCAUAAUUGACUUCUCUAUAUGUUUCUUUGACGAAUUCACAACAUGAACGUAGCUUCGGUGCCUCAAGGGUGUAUGAUACCCAUCCAGCUAUGGUCUCUAAUUCUGUUGCAACUGUGAAGGAUGUAGAAGACCUGAACUGAAUUGCACUUGGCAGCCUUGCCAGCGUUGCCGCAAUACAAAACUGGUUGGUUGGGAUUCACUGAUUAGUGGAGGCAGUAGGGAUGUAGUUAAUGGGCGGGAAAGUUGGUUGAAAGGUUGUUAGCUGAUUGCAUACAG